AUGCAGAAACUAACAUCGCCUGACUACACCACAUUUUCUUGCAAGGCAGAAGAGUUCGACUCUGAAUUAUGCUGGUUCGACGACGACAGCAUUCUCGACAUGGAUCAUUUCGUCAAGAGACUCUCCAGCAUCAAGGAAAAGGGAUUGAGGCCUGAUUUAAUUGGUUCAAUUAUAACACAUUAUGCUUCGAAAUGGCUUCCCGACCUGUCCGACGAUGAAGGUCAAAAGUUGAUUGCGAGCGCUGAGGAGUCCCCCGACAGUGUUACCACUUCAUGGAUGAAGAAAAGGUUCUUUGUUGAAAGUCUAGUGGGAAUUCUUCCUCCAGAGAAGGAAUCAAUUCCUUGCAACUUUUUGUUACGGCCACUACGCGUUGCUAGCACGGUUCGCGUCAAGCCUGCUUAUCGUGCUGAGCUUGAAAAGCGUGUUUCAUGGCAACUCGACCAGGCUUCCUUGAGAGAACUGAUGAUACCAUCAUUUAGUCACACUUAUGAAGCUGUAAGAAAUGGAGCUGCCCUUAUUAAAGUCGUGAAGCUUGUGGAUUGUUACCUUUCAGAAGCUGCUAUCGAUUCCAACUUGACAUUAUCUGAAUUUGUAGCUCUUGCUAGCGCGCUUCCAGGCCAUGCUCGUACCAUGGAUGAUGGACUGUAUCGUGCCAUUGAUACCUACCUCAAAAACCGGACCGAACUGAACCAUCAUGUUCUGUUAGGUCUGAUUCAGUCUGCUCAAAAUGAGCGAUUGCCCAUUCGCGCUGUCGUCCAAGUUCUCUUCGCAGAGCAAAACAAGCUCAACAAGCAGAUUCUUGAUGUCAGUGGAUCUUGCAGUGGCAUGCUUAGUUCAAACACUGCGCUAGACGCCCCUGCCAGGUGCCCGUCAAAGCGCGAAAUCAACAUGCAACAAAUGGAAAUUAAGAUGUUAAAAGAAGAUGUUCUAAGGCUGCAGAGCCAUUGCAUGACACUCGAAGGACAUAUUGAAAAGUUAAUGGAGAAAAAGAAGGGAUUUUACAUUUGGAAGAAGAUUGGAAUUCCAACACUUAGGUGGAACAAGAUUGAAGAAGUAGAAAGAGAAGGCGAGAUAGGGAUAGGGCUAAAAACGCCAUUACAGAUGAAAACACGGCUCGUAAAAGCUAAAACUCCGAACAAAUGGAGGAAAUCACUGCCAUGA